AUGGCGGCAAGGUUAGUUCAGAAUAUUUUUGAUGACUAUCUCAGCUGUCCUAUUUGUUUUAUGAAGUUCAAUGAACCGCGCAAGCUACCCUGCGACCAUACAUUCUGUACCGACUGCAUACAAAAACAUAUAGACAAUUCUCUGCGUCAAAGAUCUGAUUUCAUUUUUUUUAAUUGUCCAUUGUGUAGAACUGAAAUCUCUCAACCAAGACGAAAUAUCGAUGUAAAUAGUUGGGCGACAUAUUUUCCUCUGGACAACUUGAUACAAGAUUUACUGGGUACGCUAUCAAUCCACGAACGACAACUUAAUUCUCAUCCAGGCUCAUUAGAAAAACAAAGUUCGCAUACAAACAAGUGCAAAGUUCAUCUUAAAAAUAAUCUCGACGUUUUUUGUUUUCACCACCUAUCGUUGAUAUGUUGCAAAUGUGCUGAAAUUGAUCAUAAUUCACGGAAAUGUGAAAUUUUGAAUUUCGAGGAAGCAUACAAAAAAAUUAAACCUAGAGUGGAAGACCUACAAACGAAACUAUACGAGCAGGCGUUAAAGGUGCGGACCUGUGGACAAGUAGACGAAGAAUUCCACAAACAACGAACUAAAGCCUUAAUAGAAGUGGACAACUUAGAGGCCAUUCUAGAAAAAUUUCACGAAAGGUGUGCUCAGCAGUUAGCUAUACAAAGAAGGGACAUUGAGAAAUUAAAUAGGGAACAUAUUGAAGAGCGGAGAGAUUUUUACUCUCUUGCAGGUAGCCUUCUAGAAACUGAGAACAAAGUCGAAAAUUUAUGUGCAUCUGCCGACAAGAAAACAGUUCUAAGCGAGCUUUCAUUGUUAACGCAGCAGGUCGAGGAAAAUGAUGACAUUUUAAAGCGACUUUCAUCUACCGUUUCAAAUAGUAAGGUUUGUUUUACGGUAAAUAAAGAGUUGCAAAGAUUUUUGAAUAAUUUUUCUGUUGUCGGCUUUGUUGACGUACCGUCUUCAAGUUCGAUUUUGGACGACUACAAACUACAUCCCGACCAGACGAAACUCCCUUCUUCUUUAAAAGGCAUUUUAAAUCGCAGAGAAAGCGGUCAAGCAAUGGGACAAACGGGGGGAAAGCUGACGACGAAAUUAAAAUUUUCUGGAAAAUUACCACAGGAAGAAAGUUGUUGGUUAAUUAAAAUACUAGCACUACCGGAUUCUAGUAUAUGUGUACUCGACAAAGAAAACGCUAGUCUGAAAACAUUCAGUAGCAAAGGGAAGUAUAUUACAAAACUGAAUCUAGUAGACAUACCCUACUCAAUGGCUUUGCUCAAACCAAACAAUGAGAUUGUAAUUACCAAACCAGAUAAAGAUAUUCUUGAAUUCGUUACCACAGACUCGAAUCAACUUUCAGUGCGCAAAUUUAUAAAAUCAUACAAAAAGUACUUCGGAAUCUGUCAAGUUGGCGCACAUUCUAUGGCGGUAUCGUCGUGGUCACAGCGCUGUGUAGAUAUUAUAGAUGAGGACGGAGUUGUACUAAACACGAUAACCGAAAAUUUUGAAAUUCCCGACAUGCUUUGUUGUAACAGAAAUACAGAAAUAACUGUCAUUGACAAGGGUAACAGACUCGUUUGUUUUGAACAAAAUGGUGAGGUGAAGUGGGUUGCAACAUGUGAUUAUACAAUGAACAAUUUGACAAUUUUGGAAAAUGGACAUAUUUAUAUUUGUUGCAAGGAUGCAAAGAAAAUAUGUAGCAUAAAUAGUAAGUCCCCAGAAAAGAAGACUAUUUUGGCACAAGACAUUGAGGAUCGAAAGCCGUUAGAUAUUUGUAAUUUAAAUUCUCAAGUGCUUAUUGUACUUGAAAACGGAGAUAUAGAAAUUCUGGUAUGACCAAGGUUAUUCAAACUCAAAAAUCUUUUUUUACACGAAUUACAUGAAACUUUGUUGGUGCUAUAAGCAUUAUUUUAAAAAGACUUAAAAUGUUUUGAUUUAGCAUUUGGACUGACUACAUUCUAUAGAUAUACAAUAUAUGUUAAUGUAUGUUGUCGGAAAAUAUAAACCUUUAGAAACAGUUGACGAAAAUUAUUCAUUACUUCCUUAUUUUGCCAAUAUUUUUGCAGAACGCUUAAUCAGCAAAAACUAUUUGCUAUAGCUAUUUAAUUGCAUUAAAUAAAAUUGUUCAAGUUUAUUUACUUAAGCUAAGUUACAUAAGGAAGAAUGGUUUGAUAAUGGAUGCCAAAAAAUGUGUACGGAAUGUAUUUACACUAAAUUUGAAUCUUAUCACAUUUUUGAACCCUAUACACUGAAAAUAUAUUAUUAUUUUAUGUUAUGGGUUUUGAAAUCAAAACAAAUAUUGAGAUGAACUUUGUGUAUCGAAAGAAAUUAAUUACUCAGAUUAGUAUAUGUUUGAUAUUAUAAUAUUAUUAGCAGAAAUUGGAUGUGUAUAUUCAUUUAUUUUAUAUGCAAGUACGGCUUUUAGUUUCUUUGAUUAGUGCCAUUUUUUUUUACAUUAAAAUUCAUUUAUCUUGA